AUGCAGUUUACACUUGCUACAAUAUUCAAAAGACUCUUGGUAAAAUGGAUUCGACUGUCUUUGUUGUGCAACAAAAACAUCAAACGAUACAAAUUUUUCACACCGUUUACAAUGUCUUUAUCUUCUAAGCUAACCGUUAAGGAUCUACAAUUGAAGGACAAACGUGUCUUCAUCAGAGUUGAUUUCAACGUUCCAUUGGAUGGUAAGACUAUCACUUCCAACCAAAGAAUUGUUGCUGCUUUGCCAACUAUCAAAUACGUUUUGGAACACAAACCAAGAUACGUUGUCUUAGCAUCUCAUUUGGGUAGACCAAAUGGUGAAAGAGUUGAAAAAUACUCUUUGAAGCCAGUCGCUGCUGAAUUGCAAAAAUUGUUGGGUCAAGAUGUUACUUUCUUGAACGACUGUGUCGGCCCAGAUGUGAACAAGGCUGUUGAAGCUUCUAAGCCAGGUUCCGUUAUCUUGUUGGAAAACUUGCGUUACCACAUUGAAGAAGAAGGUUCCAAGAAGGUUGACGGUAAGAAGGUCAAGGCUUCUCCAGAAGAUGUUGCCAAAUUCAGAAAGGAAUUGAAAUCUUUGGCUGAUGUCUACAUUAACGAUGCUUUCGGUACUGCCCACAGAGCUCACUCUUCUAUUGUCGGUUUCGACUUGCCAGAACGUGCCGCUGGUUUCCUAUUGGCAAAAGAAUUGGCAUUCUUCGGUAAGGCUUUGGAAAACCCAACCAGACCAUUCUUGGCUAUCUUGGGUGGUGCUAAGGUUGCUGACAAGAUUCAAUUGAUUGACAAUUUGUUAGACAAGGUCGACUCUAUCAUCAUUGGUGGUGGUAUGGCUUUCACUUUCAAGAAGGUUUUGGACAACACUGAAAUUGGUGAUUCUAUCUUCGACAAAGCUGGUGCCGAAAUUGUUCCAAAAUUGAUUGCUAAGGCAAAGAAGAACAACGUUGAGAUUGUUCUACCAGUUGACUGGGUUAUUGCUGACGCUUUCUCUGCUGACGCUAACACCAAGAUUGUUUCUGAAAAAGAAGGUAUUCCAGCUGGCUGGCAAGGUUUGGACAGUGGUCCAGAAUCUAGAAAAUUGUUUGCUGAUACUGUAGCAAAGGCUAAGACCAUUGUCUGGAACGGUCCACCAGGUGUCUUCGAAUUCGCAAAAUUCGCAGCUGGUACUAAGGCUUUGUUGGAUGAAGUUGUUAAAUCUUGUCAAGCUGGUAACACCGUUAUUAUUGGUGGUGGUGACACUGCUACUGUCGCUAAGAAAUAUGGUGUCACUGAUAAGAUCUCUCAUGUCUCUACCGGUGGUGGUGCUUCUUUGGAACUAUUGGAAGGUAAGGUCCUACCAGGUGUUGACUUUUUGUCUGCCAAAUAA